AUGAUAUUAUCCUGGAUAACAAAGACUCUCUCCCCACAGAUUGCUGAAAGUGUCAUAUACGUUGAAGAGGCCAAGGAAUUAUGGGAUGAGCUGAAAGAAAGAUUCUUCAAAGGAGACUAUUUCAAGAUUUCUGACCUGCUGCAGGACAUACAUUCUAUCAAACAGGGAGAAAGGGGAGUGAGUCAAUUCUUUACUGAUCUGAAAAUCCUAUGGGAGGAGUUGGAAUUUCUAAGACCCAUUCCUACUUGCACAUGUAAAAUUCCAUGUAGUUGUGAUCUCUCAAGAAUCUCCUUAAAAUAUAGGGAGAUGGAACAUGUGAUAUGUUUCUUGAAAGGGUUAAACGAUUCCUACAGCAUAGUUAAGACACAGAUUCUUCUAAUGGAUCCUCUACCUAAUAUCAAUCGGGUCUUCUCUCUCAUUAUGCAGCAAGAGAGACAAGAGAAACAUAGUUCUUCCAAGGUCAAGGUUCUGGCCAAUGCUACUGAUAAGAACAAUCAAUGGAAGGGCCAAGGAAGAGGCUCUGGAUUUCGUGGUCAAGGAAGAGGAAGGGGAAAGAAUCCCAACUAUGGCAAGCAAUGCUCAUUUUGCAACAAAAUGAACCACACUAUAGAUGAGUGUUACUCUAAGCACGGAUACCCUCCUUGGUACAAGAAAGGUGACAACAACCAAGACAAGAAGACUGACUGGGGUUCUGCAAAUGCCUGCCAGAACAGCACUGAACCUGAAGGGGUUCAAAGCACACAUCAAGCAAAUAAUGGCAACGUUUUCAACUCCUUCACAACUGAACAGAUGCAAAAACUUCUCAGAAUGAUGGACAGAAUUGAUGAACCUCCUCACAAAGUCAAUCAAGUCUAG